UUAUCCAAACACAAACCACACAAUUUCAUCUCCACUCACUAUUAAAAUCAAUACUUGCUAUCUCCACCUCUUGAUCUCCUCCAACGUCCAACUCCUCCCAAUCUUCAAACAGCAACUGUUAAAACUUCUUAUCCGCAAUGGCCACCGUGACAUCCGCUGCCGUCGCCAUCCCAUCAUUCACCGGCCUUAAGGCAGCCGGCUCAGCUAAAGUAAGCGCCGCCGCCAAGGUUGCUGCUCCUACCCCAAGGUUUGGCGUCAAGGCCUCCCUCAAGGACGUCGGUAUCGCCGUUGCUGCCACUGCUGCCAGCGCCAUGCUUGCCAGCAACGCCAUGGCCAUCGAUGUGCUGCUUGGAGGAAGCGACGGGUCUUUGGUGUUCGAGCCAAACAACUUCACCGUCGGCUCCGGUGAGAAGAUCGUGUUCAAGAACAAUGCAGGGUUCCCACAUAAUGUCGUUUUCGACGAGGACGAGAUUCCCGCAGGCGUCGACGCUUCAAAGAUCUCGAUGAGUGAGGAGGACCUUCUCAACGGCCCUGGGGAGUCUUACUCAGUCACCUUGACCGAGAAAGGUAGCUACGCCUUCUACUGUUCGCCUCACCAGGGUGCUGGUAUGGUGGGAAAAGUGACCGUUAACUAAGUUCGUUUGGAACUCUGCUUGUUAUAAGGCUCAUCUCAUGCAUUUUCCAAUUUUUUUGUACUAGAGCUCGAUAUUAUAGUUAAGUGGUGGAAAUCCUGAAAAUGUGUGAGGUGUUGUCUACUAUAGUGCUUUUGUUUUUUUCUUCUUUGAAUAAGUUGUAGAUUUGUGGUACAGACUUUAA